CUCUCUCUGUCACUCUCUGUCUCUGUCUCUCCAUUAACUUUUCCAUUGCGACAGCCAACCGAACUCAUCACUCCCCCACUGAUUCCGUGACCUCCGGCGGUGGUGGAGCAAACCCACCACCCAAAGUUGGAUCCUUCCACGAUCCCAGUGAGCAGAACGGCAGCCAUGACCUUGUUCUUGCCCAAUUCACUUUCUUGAUGAUGUUCUUGAUCACGUUCUUGAUCCCCUGAAGUCCACCCCCUGACCUCCCCAGUCCCCACCUCGCCUCUGCCAUGGACGCGGCCGCCAAGCCCCACAAGAAGAAGAAGUGGUUCCUCCUCCUCGCCUCCACCCUGGCGCUCUCCACCCUCCUCGUCUUCUUCACCGUCUUCACCUCCUCUGCCUCUGCGCACUUUUCCUCUCAGUUCUCGCGCCGCGCCCGCGUCGAGAGGGAGCUCCCCGUCUUCGUGGAGGCCAAGCUGGAGGUCUCCCCGACCCUGGACGACCCGGUUCCGCGGCUGGCGUAUCUCGUCUCCGGGUCGAUGGGGGACGGCGAGAGCCUGAAGAGGACGCUGAGGGCUCUGUACCAUCCCAGGAACCAGUACGUGGUGCACUUGGACAUGGAGGCCUCGGCGGAGGAGAGGCUGGACCUGGCCCGGUUCGUGAGGAGCGAGCCGUUGUUCGCGAAAUUGGGCAACGUGAGGAUGAGCGCGAGGCCGAACUUGGUGACGUACCGGGGGCCGACGAUGGUGAGCAACACGCUCCAUGCGGCGGCCAUCCUGUUGAGGGAAGGAGGGGAGUGGGAUUGGUUCAUUAAUUUGAGCGCUUCAGAUUAUCCCCUGGUGACCCAAGACGAUUUGCUUAGCACUCUGUUGACUAUACCCAGAAACUAUAACUUCAUUGAGCAUACCAGCGAUAUUGGUUGGAAAGAGUACCAGAGAGCCAGGCCUGUUAUGAUUGAUCCUGGGCUGUACAGGAUGCAAAAAUCAGAUGUCUUCUGGGUCCCAGAGAAGAGAAAAGUGCCUUCUGCAUACAAAUUAUUUACAGGUUCUGCUUGGAUGAUGCUCUCCCGGCCCUUUGUCGAGUAUUGCUUAUGGGGGUGGGACAACCUCCCAAGAAUUGUGCUUAUGUACUACUCUAACUUCCUUUCUUCACCAGAAAGCUAUUUCCACACGGUCAUUUGCAAUGCUAACGAAUUCAUUAAUACGACCGUGAACCAUGACCUCCACUUCAUAUCCUGGGACAACCCUCCGAAGCAACACCCGCAUUUCCUCACGCUCAGUGAUUUUGAGAUGAUGGUUGAUAGCAAUGCCCCCUUUGCGAGAAAAUUCGGCAGAAAUGAGCCGGUUCUCGACAAGAUUGACUCUGAGCUGCUCGGUCGAAGUGCUGAUGGAUUUUCGCGAGGCGGAUGGUUUAACAGUGAGGAAAGCAUUAACAGUACAUAUGCCGAUCAUGUCACACCCAACAUUACAGAGCUGAGGCCUGGUCCUGGAGUUGAAAGGCUUAGGAAGCUGAUUGCUGGUUUGUUAUCGGGGGAUGACUUUCACGCAAAUCACUGCACAUAGCUAGAAAACUUCCGAGCCAAGGGACUUGUUUUGAUCACCUGUGCACUGGAAGUCAGCUGUUAAUGAAGGAUCACCAUAGGAGAAACUAGAGAUUCUUCUGGGAUUCACGAAACAAGAUUUGAAAAUUACUAGCUGAAAAAUCUGGUUACACGUCUUCUCUGAUCUGGAAUCUCAUUGAGCUGUUCAUAUCACAAAGGGACAAGUAAUAUAUGUAUCGGAUCUGGAAAAGUCGAAGAUGGAGAAGUUCUUAUCUUCAACUGCUGCUUUAAAUUAGUUGCGGGAGCGCAAGUUUGAGUUCAACAAGUGUUUGGCACAUGAGCUGUUUACUAUACUUUUGCAAUUCUUUGUAUACAACAGAAGCAUUAUAAACAACUGUAAUGGUGUGCACUAAAGGUGAAGGUAUACACGACCAACUUUUUUCUUUUUGCCA